AUGGCUUCUUCUAACGCAGCUUCUUCCUCGAUGCCGUACACCUCGGGAAAUGUGGUGCUGGUAACCCAGGUGCACCCAGUAGCUCCCAAUGGGGUACAGCAGCUGUCACUGGAUGGAAGACUUAACUUCAGGAACGGACAUCCCCAGGCGCUCGGGACCGUUCAGAUCAUGAUUGGCCUGCUGACGCUGCUGUUUGGGAUCGCAGCGGCUGUCUACAACCCUUCACUGGGGGUUUUAAGCGGGAUCUUUGUUUGGGGAGCUUUGAUUUACAUCGCAGCUGGAUCAGUGACGGUGGCUGCUGAGAAACUUUUGAGCCGUUGUCUGAUCAACGCCUCUCUGGCACUUAACAUCAUAGCAGCACUUGUUGCUGUGAGUGGUGUCAUCCUGUAUGCGCUGGAUCCCGUCAUUUGGUACCGCCCCUACCAAGAGCACAAUUAUUACUAUGGUGGCUUUUCGGCUGUGGUGGCUGUGUUCCAGUUCCUGGAGCUCAUCAUCUCAAUCACCAUGGCAGCAUACGCCUGUAAUGCAACCUGCUCCUGUUGCUCCUGCUGCACAGAGCCACAGCAACUCAUUCAAACUGUAGAAGGGCAGAUCAUCACUCAGGCUCCGCCCAAUUUCCAAGCAGCACCUGUUGCCCCCGCUCAGCCAUACCCUCAGGUGGCGCCCAAUGUUAAAAACCCAUCAGGUCUGGGUUCUGCUGAGCCUCCAGCUUAUCAGCAUAUCUGACGCACACACAUCGACUCCAAUCAUUACAGAGCUGCCGCUUAA